AUGGCGGAAGGCAGCGACUCCGCCGCCAUCAGCUGUAACUCAGCAGAAUCCUUGAAAAGGGAAGAGGGACAGAUAAAAGACAGUGCGAUGGCGGUCGAUGGAGGUGGCUCGUGCGCUGCCAAAGAGGCCGGCAGUGUGGCUCCGUGCAGUGAAAAGGAUGUCUCGGCCAGUGCUGCAGUUCUAGAGCGCGCAGAAGCUCUGAAAAAUGAGGGGAACGUGCUCUUCAAACAACAUCAAUAUGCGGAGGCAGUUGCCAAGUAUUCUGCUGCAAUUGAUCUAGUAGAUGAGGCACCUGUGGAUCCCAGGGAAACGCAGCUCCAUGUAUUCCUCUGCAACAGGGCGUUCGCUCAUCUCCGGAUGGAAAACUUCGGCUCUGCGAUCAUUGAUGCGGAACGCGCCCUGAAACUGAACCCGAAGUUUUCGAAAGGCUACUACCGUCGUGGCACAGGGUACUUCUGUCUGGGAAACCUGAAGGCUGCACAGCACUUCGAGAGAGUAUGUCAGCUACGUGGCGGAAAGGAUGCAGAUGCCCAGUCCCGUCUGAACGAGUGCAAGAAACAGCUGCGGGCUCAGGCUUUUGCAGCUGCAAUUCGCACGAAACAAACAAUACCUGCAUCGAAGCAGGUGCUAGCCGAGGGCCUGGAAAAGCUUUUCCCCGUCCCUGAGGACUAUGCUGGGCCGGUUUACAAGAAGGGCAAAGUUGACCAGGAGUUCCUUCAGGCCCUUCGAACUUGGCUGCAGAACCCAGAGAAUAGGCUGCACCCGCAGUAUGCUUAUGCCAUGGCUGUGGAUUUUAUUGAAAUCCUGGAGCCGCUGCCAUCUUUAGUCGAUCUCGAGAUCCCUGAAGAUAAGGAAAUCACCAUUUGUGGAGACGUACAUGGACAAUUUUAUGAUCUUUUGAACAUCUUUACGAUCAACGGCAUGCCAUCGGAAGAAAAUCCAUAUCUUUUCAAUGGUGAUAUUGUUGACCGUGGGAGCUUCUCAGUUGAGGUUCUCUUGAUGAUGGUGGCCUGCAAAUUGGCCUACCCGAAUCACAUGCACAUCACCCGCGGAAAUCACGAGACAAGCGAAAUGAAUGCAAUGUACGGGUUCAAGGGAGAAAUGCUGAACAAAUAUGACGAGCGUUUGUACCAGAUCUUUAGCGAGGCUUUCCGUCUGCUACCGCUGGCUUUUGUGGUGAACAAAAAAGCUUUUGUAGUUCAUGGAGGCUUGUCCCGCCAAGAGAACGUUACUCUAGAUGACAUCCGCAAAAUCGACCGCAACAGGGAGCCAGGAUCUGAUGUGCUGAUAACGGAUCUGUUGUGGUCGGACCCCUCUCCUCUUCCUGGAUUGACGCCGUCGAAGAGAGGUGUUGCGUGCCAAUUCGGCCCAGACAUUACGGAGAAGUUUCUCAAAACGAACAACUUAAGUUUUGUUAUUCGUUCUCACGAAAUGAAGGAAGCAGGAUACGAAGUUGAACACGGUGGAAAGCUGAUUACUGUCUUUAGCGCUCCAAACUACUGCGACGAAAUGGGCAAUAAGGGAGCUUUUAUUAGGCUGAAAGGCUCUGAAAUGGUCCCGAAGUUCCACCAAUUCACGGCGGUUCCGCAUCCUCCUGGUCCUGCCAUGCAGUAUGCGAAUCCCAUGCUAAGCUUCAUUUAA